UGCAGAUACUGCAGAGCUGCAGCUGAGCUUUCAGUGCCUUGGGUGAGAACUGCACAGAUGCAUCAGAGCAGCACAGGCAGCCACUUCUGGGAAGAUCAUGAAAAAGUAAAGUCUGGCUAAUGGACCCCAGUUCCUCCUCCUUCCCUUUUGGCAGCCCUUCAUGGUGACACAAAAGGUCUCCCUGGCAUGUGUGAGUCUCCUGCCUGGUGAGCAGCUCAGCCCAGUGCUACGCCAGGCUCUGAGUGCUUUGGGAAGAGCCCACUGAAUUCCUGCUGGGACAGCCCUGAGCCACACACCUGCCCAGCUCAUCACCAAACCUGCUCUGGAGCAGCUCAGAGGGGCUGAAUUCGCUGUUCCUGCUGUGCUGCCAGGUCCUGCUCCUCGUGGAGGGGAGCUGUGUCUCCGUGGCUCUGUGCGAUCCUCGGCCUCUGCUGCUCCCGUCCCUGCCAGCUGCUCCCCACCCACCAGAUGUGCAGGAGAGCUCCCCUCCCUGAGCACAGGUGCUCUCCUUCCAGGACAAAAAUGGUGAACUUGGAAACCAGCUGGAGAUUGCAAAGUCUCCUUUCCCUUGAGCUUGGUGGUCAAUGGUCGUCAUCUACCACACCCAAGGAAAGCAGAGGAGCUCCACGCUAACUUCUGUAAGCCCUGCUUCACUAUGGAAGAUCAAAUGAUUUUCUGGCUCAGGUUUUGUGAUCUGCCUUGGACCUGGAGUUUGGAAAAGGGAUCGUCUCUGAGGCACGGUUAAGAGACAGAGCAACCAGCCCCAGACAAUGAGCACCUUAAGUAGCACUGGAAUAUUGCUCAGCUUAACAACAGUGUCUGUUACACUGGAUUUUAGUUUGCAUGGUGGUCUGAUGGCUUGGUCCUUGAGCAGCAAUUUGACUCUGAACCAGAGUUUGCCUACAUCUGAUCCUCUCAACACCUCUGAGAAGGGGGAAGUCUCUCGGAUGUCCGUGAGGGAGAAGAAUUGGCCGGCCCUCCUGAUCUUGGUUGUCAUCCUGCUGACCAUUGGGGGGAACAUAUUGGUAAUUAUGGCUGUGUCCUUGGAGAAGAAGUUGCAGAAUGCCACAAACUUCUUCCUGAUGUCUCUGGCAGUAGCAGACAUGCUGGUGGGUAUCCUGGUCAUGCCCGUGUCGCUCAUUGCAGUCCUGUACGGGAUAUCCAUGCCUAUUCCAGUCAUUGGUUUGCAGGAUGACUCCCGGGUGUUUGUAAACGGGACCUGCGUCCUGAACGACGAGAACUUCGUCCUCAUCGGAUCCUUCAUGGCUUUCUUCAUCCCCCUCAUCAUCAUGGUGAUCACGUAUUGCCUGACUGUCCAGGUGCUGCAGAGACAGGCCACGGUGUUCAUGUGUGGAGAGGUGCCCAAGCAGAGGAGGAGCAGUGUGAACUGCCUCAAGAAGGAAAACAACACAGAGAACAUUUCAAUGCUUCACAAUCACGAGGGGGCCUCCCACUUGAACUCCCCUGUCAAUAAGGAGGCGGUGCUGUUUCGGAAAGGAACGAUGCAGUCCAUCAACAACGAGCGAAGAGCCUCCAAGGUCCUGGGCAUCGUCUUCUUUCUGUUCCUCAUCAUGUGGUGCCCGUUUUUCAUCACUAAUGUCAUGUCUGUCCUUUGCAAGGAAGCCUGCGACAAAGACCUGUUGAGUGAGCUCCUGGAUGUGUUUGUUUGGGUGGGGUACGUGUGCUCCGGGGUCAAUCCCCUGGUGUACACCCUCUUCAACAAAACCUACCGCAGGGCUUUCUCCAACUACAUCCGCUGCCAGUACAGGCCUGGCAAAAAGUCAGCCCUGAGGCAGAACCAGUGUCUGAACGUGGCCUCAACAGCUUUGUAUGGGAAAGACCUGACUUUAACCAGUUAUAGAAAUGGCAACGAGUUCAAUAGCAUGGAACUGGAUGAAGCUGAGGAGGGCCUUGAGAUGCAACCAGGGACUUCAGAGCUCUCCAUAAACAGCUGUAAUGUUGUAAGUGAACGAGUGAGCUGUGUGUAAAAGUGACUCUCACAGACCUUUGCUACAGGUAUCUGUAGCCAAAAUAUAUUGUGUAAAAAUGUAAGUGUUGGUCAAAGGACUAUGUAAAUAUUGCAUUCUGAACAAAGCUUUCAUUUUUUUUAAAGAGGAAAAAGAAUUGUCUUUCCAGUCCAGUACUUAAAAUAAUAUAUAUUAAUAUACUGCAGUGAAGUUUAAGGUUCUAUAUUUACUGUUAAUACUAGAUCAGAACUAUUAGUUACUUUGCAUAUGUCAUGGACAAAAUGUUUGAAUUCUUCUUCCAGUGCAUGAACAAAAAUGCUGAAUAUUUAUCUCAGGUGGAAUUUGCUGGAGUCCAGAAUGGCACGUUAAUAGUUAUAUAUCAAAUACAUGCUAUUAGACUUGGUCAGUAUAACUUUCUUUUUCAAGUUGACAGUAAAUAUAUACUUUAAAUCCUCA